UGUCGUGGCGUUGGUCGAUGUGAGUUGUCACAUAGUUACGACAGCUAAUCUAUACCUCCUUUCAACGAAGUUUCUUUUUGUAGUAUUACACACACACACUUCCGGACAGUUAUACCUUCAGUGUGUCAAGAUGAGGCGCGCCGGUUUGGGUGAAGGAGGCCCUGGGAAUUAUGUAGCAAGUGGAUACAGUGUGUAUGAGGAGGAAAAUGAACACCUGCAGGAGGGACUGAGAUCCAAAGUCAACGCUUUGAAGAGUCUGUCUAUCGACAUAGGAACAGAAGUUAAAUACCAGAACAAAAUGCUGGAUGAUAUGGACUCAGACUUUGACUCAACAGGCGGCCUGCUUGGCUCCACCAUCGGCAGAGUCAAACAGCUGUCCAGAGGCAGUCAGACCAAACUGCUGUGCUACAUGCUACUCUUCUGCCUUUUCGUGUUCUUUGUCCUGUACUGGUUCAUCAAGCUCAGGUGAUAGCUGUCUGGCUUGGCUCAUGAACUCCACGUUCCUCCCCAGAAUGUCGUAUGCUGAUGAAUCUCCAAUCUAAACCUGUUUUAUGAUGACCAUGAGGAAGAAAAGGCCUUUUAUUAAUGAAUACAAGUGCCCUGUUCUCUGUCAGGAAUUUCAUAGCAUGACAGUCAAAUUAUGGACUUUGAUGUCCCGAAAACAUAAAACUGGUUUAGAAAAGUGCACAAUAUCUUUGAUGAUUAAUGAACCUGAGUAGGAAUCAUGUAUACUGUACUGUAUACCUAAAGUAUUAACUGCCAAUGUUCUAAAUUUCAGACAAAUUUACCUGGAUUUAGGUGUUGUGACUCAACAUUGUACAAGUAACAGCAGAAGAGUGUCCAGAUCCUUAAUGCAUUAGUAGGCACAUUGAGUUAUGAGGUAUGGCAAAUCUGUGGAUUAGUCUAUCAUACAGCCCAAAUUGUGUUCAAAGUGAGUAAUUUAUAGAACGCUAUCUGAAGCAUAAUCUAGUGUAUUUGCUUUCAAGAACGAAUGGAUAUAUGACAGAAUUUGGCAUCCAUACAAAAAAUAAUAGCAUUGUACUUCACUAUUGUUUCAACUUUGUUGUAAAAUGUUUUUUAAUGUAAAUAAACAAAUUUUAUGA